AAUGCAGAAUUGCAUUUCCAUUUUUAAUUAGUGUUUGUUUGAUGAAGAUGAUGGGGUGGAAAGCAUUCAAAAUCAUCACUCUUAACCUGACCAUAUUGGCAAUCAUUCGGAAUGGUCAAUGCCAAUAUGGUAAUGCUAAAAAUAAAGGAGUUGUGGUUGAAACUGAAUAUCAAAAACCGGUAAUCGAAACUAAUAGCUAUGAAGAACCUGUAUGGAAGGAAGAACCCGAAUAUCAACCGGAAAUCAUCAAAGAAGAACAACCAAGUUAUAAACCCAAAGAAGUUAUCGUCAGUGAAGGAACUGGUGGUGGAUAUGGUGGUGGAUCAAAAAAAAGUGCUGCCAUUCGUCAGGAACCGAUUUGGCAAGAAGAACAGCCAAGUUAUAAACCCAAAGAAGUGAUUGUCAGUCAAGGAACUGGCGGUGGCUAUGGCGGUGGAUCGAAAAAAAUCUGGAAUGAACAGCCCCAAGUAUGGAAAGAAGAUUAUCAUCAACAACCAAAAGUGAUAACCAAAGUAAUACGCGAACCAAUAGUCGUAACCAAAGUGGUCAAACAGCCUGUCGUCAAAGUGAUUCGGGUAGUGGAAAAAGUUCCCGUCUAUAAACAACCGGUAUAUCAUCAAGUUUGGGUGAAAAAAACUUAUAGCGGCGGAUAUGGUAAUGGACACGGUGGUGGACAUGGUGGUGGACACGGUGGCGGAUAUGGGGGUGGGGGAUACGGUGGCAGACGCGGGGGUGGUGGAGGGGGAUACGGCCGUCGACGUCGAAGCAUUACAUUCGAUGGGGAUGAUCAUUCGAUCGAUAAACGGGCAUCGAAAUGGAGAGAUUAUAAGAAACAAGCCAAAUGGCAAACUAAACAAGCAAAAUGGGCAGCAAAACAAGAGAAACGUGAUAAAUGGAAAAAAAUCAAAAAAGGGGAUUUCGAUGGCGGAUAUGAACAAAAACACCAUGGUUAUGAACAACCAAAGCAUCAUGGCUAUGAGCAGCCCAAACAUCAUGGUUAUGAACAACCAAAGCAUCAUGGCUAUGAACAGCCCAAAGGAUAUGGACAUCGUGCUCGUCGCAGUUAUGAUGAUGCUGGUGACACCAACUAUGACGAUUAUGAUCAACAACAGAUUUACACCAAACAAGAAUAUGAUCAGCCAUCGACCAAAGUGGAGACCGAUCAACAACAACAACAGCAUUAUGAUAAGACUAAAAUAGUGGAACAAAUCUAUGAGGAAGAGACCAAAUCGCCAAUCCAACAGCAACCGGAAUAUACGCCGGAACUUAAAGAUUAUAAUGCCAAUCAACAGGUAGCCGCCAUACAAAACGAAGAACAUUCAUAUCCAACAAUCAAAGAGGAAAGCCAAGAAAAACAAACAAAAGAUGACGACGGCUAUAGCGGAUAUGGUGUCGGUGUAUAUGGGGGACAAAUACCAAAAAUAAUGCAACCAGACCAACAAACCGAGGAGAAACAACAAUAUGACAGUGUCGAACAGACCAUCGCAUCGAAAUCGGAACCGGAACAGGUCAAGCAGGAAUCAUAUCCUCCAGUGGAAGAGAAAAAAGUCAUCGAAUACCAACCAACAGUAACAGAACAGAAAACAAUCAAAACAAAAGAAAUAAUAACCACAACAGAGUGCAAUCAAAUAAUGGACAAUCUAUUAGAGCAUUUACAACCAGAAUUUAUGCAACAUAUGUCCCAUUAUGUAAUCAAUAAUGUUGAACCAAUACGAAUGGCACGAUGGGGUCGUAUUCAACUGCAUGACGGCCGUUUCAAUCACAUGGGAACCAUUUGUCGCGGCGAUGACUUUCACUCGAAAAAAUUGGGCCAAGAUAAAUACAUGAUCGAAGGAACGAUUCGAGUGCCCGAACCAACAUGCGAAUUCGAAGCCGAUGCAGGAAUGUAUAAUCGGUUGAGAAUACGUAAUCAAUGCGUUCGAUUGGUGGCCAAAGACGCUACAUUCCGUGUGGCAAUGUUUGUGGACCAAAAACGUUCCACCGUGCAUGUAGCUGAAUUGGAACCGCUGGAGUUGAACGAUUUUCAUAUGGAAGAUGAGCGUGGCCGUACCGUCAAAACUGGCAUGCGAUGGCCAUUCAAACGAGUUAGUCAAUGGCAAUUGGAACCACAUCGACAACAAUUCAUGACAAUGUUGACACACGAAUUGUGCGACAAAUUCAGAGAAAUGAUUCAUCGUCCCCAAGUUACACAAGAAAUUAUCCAAUCGGUAUAAUCAUUAUUAUUAAUGUAAUGGAGAGAAAUUAUUAUUACCAUUCAAUCAAAAUCAAAAUAAAUAAAGUCAAUCGAUUGAUUUGAUCGAUUAGUUG